GUGUCACGUGGGCUGGGCGGGGAGGUACACCUGGUUGCGAGGGGCGGCUGGCGGCACGGAUGGGGGCUUUUCAGCUGUAGCCGAGCUGGGCCUGAAACCCAGCCGUGAGGGCACUGCGCCCAGGAGUCAGUGAUAUCCGCGGUGGGAAGCCAGGCCAGACACCUGGAAUGGUGCAGACCGAGGAUCUGGCGCAGCUGCGGCAGCUCAACCUGGAGCUCCUGAGGCAGCUGUGGGUUGGGCAGGAUGCCGUGCGGCGGUCGGUGGCCAAGGCAUCCUCGGAGUCAAGCCUGGACUCCAGCAGCAGCUACAACCCAGAGAUGCCAUUGUCUCAGGGGACAUCUUCUGUGGCUCCGAGAGCCUCCAGCCCACGUGGUGCCCACCAAGGUGAUCCAUGUGAUAUGUCCUCACCUGGUGGCGCCAGCUCUGGGGUGAUCUCUCUCUCACCUGCCAAGCGCCAAUACCAGGGGUCCCUGAGUCCACUGAGGCCUUGCUCAGUACCCUCGCUGGCCAACUCAAACGCAAAUGACCCAGAGCGUUCAGCAGAGCUGGAGGCACAGGCCCCAAGGUUCAUCCCGGAUCAACAAAGAAAGCUAUCCAAGCCAAGAGUCACCUUCGACAGGGAGUCCCCAAUGCCUGAGCGGAGUUGGCGCCUCCGACCGUACCUGGGCUACGACUGGAUUGCAGGGUCUCUGGACAACAGCUCUCCCGUCAGCAGCAAGCCUGAGGCCUUCUUUGCGAAGCUGCAGGAGUUCAGGGAAGCCAACAAGGAGGAGUGUAUUCACAGUGACCCCGGACCCCAGCUCCUAGGCCUGCGGGAGAGCAGUGUUGCCGAGGAAGAGCAUGAAUGUGUGUACUGCUACCGUGUCACUCGGCGCCUGUUUCUGGUGCCUUCAGAUCCUGGCACCCCUUGCCGAUUGUGCAGGAUACCACGGGACCAACGGGGCCCUAGGACCCUGGCGGAGCCAGCACAGGUCAGGGUGAGUGUCCCGCUGUCCGUCCUGGACCCCCCGCAUCGGUACCGCAUCCACCGGCGGAAGAGCUUUGACGCUUCUGACACACUGGCGUUGCCACGGCACUGCCUGCUGGGCUGGGACAUUCUCCCUCCGAAGUCCGAGAAAAGCUCAGCCCCCAAGAGCUUGGAUCUCUGGUCCUAUGUCACCUCUGAGGCUCCGCGCCAGAAGCUGUCGGCAGCCGGCUCUUCCCACCUGGCUCUGCUAUCACGGGGCCAGCCCCCCACCCCAAUCUGGUCGGAACCCCAGGUAGUGCAGCCCUGUGCCCCCCGGCUAAAGCCCUGAGGACUGGCCACUCAGGAGGACAGCGCCCUGCCAUCACCUCUAGCCUCUCCCCUGUGGCAAGGGCGCCCACGAGAGGGGAGCCUUGCCCGGCCACAAAUGGGGGUGGAUUCAACACUCCACACUCCUAGGUUGGGCAGGUAGGCCCAGGCCUGUCUCCUUCUUGGGGACAGAGGGGAGAACCCAGGGUGGGGGGUAAGGGCGUUCUGUGACAUGUUUGUAAAUAAAGCUCAGCGCUCUCUGCAGCUCCAGA